UGUAUCUCAUUGUCUGGCUUUCAUCAUAGACUCACAUUUCCUACCUGUCACCACAAGGGGUGUCCAGGACACAUUAUGAACGUGAAGCUUCAGUAACCAAGCUGUACAGAGUAGUCUAGCAGUUUAGCCCUGAGUGAUUCUGAGAAAUUGGAAGAGAGAUUUUUUUGCUGCUGCUCUUCAGGGAUUGCUGCUGUUAGGGAGGGGUAGGGGAUGGGGAGCAGGUUUGGAGGUUUGUAUGCAUGUUUGAGAGGAUGCAGGGUGCAUUUGACUGAGGAGUCUGGGCUCUGAGAAGCCUUUAGUGAGAGAGAGAGAGAGAGAGAGAGAGAGAGAGAGAGAGAGAGAGAGAGAGAGAGAGAGAGCAAAAGGGAGAGGGAGAGAGAGGGAGACAGCGAGGACGACGGAGGCAGAGAGAAGAGGAACAAAAAUAGGACUGAAGAGAGCAGCUGCUUCCUAAUACUCUGGUUCUUUGGGUGCCUCAAUGAAUAUGAACAUGGAUUCUGUCACUGAAGCCUUCCUCAAGCUCCUGUUCCUUUUAUCUAUUCAAAAUUGGAGCCCAGUAGUAGCAGGAAAUGCAUAUAAUUGUGAUGAUCAGCUGGUUUCAGCUUUGCCACAGUCAUCAUUCAGUUGUUCCUCGGAGCUGUCUAGUAGCCAUAGCCCUGGAUUUGCGAGGCUUAACAGAAGAGAUGGAGCUGGUGGCUGGUCUCCACUUGUGUCAAAUAAAUACCAAUGGCUACAGAUUGAUCUUGGUGAAAGAAUGGAAGUCACUGCUAUUGCUACCCAAGGAGGAUAUGGGAGUUCUGAUUGGGUAACAAGCUACCUCCUGAUGUUUAGUGACAGUGGAAGGAAUUGGAAGCAGUAUCGUCAAGAAGAAAGUAUCUGGGGUUUUUCAGGAAACACAAAUGCAGACAGCGUUGUGUACUAUAAACUCCAACAUUCCAUCAAAGCUAGGUUUCUACGCUUCAUCCCUCUGGACUGGAACCCUAAUGGCAGGAUUGGGAUGCGGAUUGAAGUGUAUGGUUGCUCAUACAGAUCUGAAGUGGUGGAUUUUGAUGGAAAAAGUUUCCUGCUCUACAGAUUUGAUGAAAAAUCUAUAAGUCCCUUAAAAGAUGUAAUUUCUUUUAAAUUUAAAACAAUGGAAAGUGAUGGGAUUCUGUUCCAUAGGAAGGGACAAAAUGGAGAUUAUAUCACACUGGAAUUAAUAAAAGGAAAACUCUUCUUAUUCAUUAAUUCAGGUGAUACUAAACUGCAUUCUACUAACAGCCUCAUUAACAUCACCACGGGCAGCCUUUUGGAUGAUCAGCACUGGCAUUCUGUCCUUAUUGAGCACUUUAAUAAACAAGUAAACUUUACCGUGGAUAAACACACUCAACAUUUUCAUGCAAAGGGAGAAUUCAAUUACUUGGACCUAAAUUAUGAGCUCAGCUUUGGAGGGACUCUAGCAGCUGGAAAAUCAGUAUCACUUUCCCAUAGGAAUUUCCAUGGCUGUUUUGAAAAUCUGUAUUGUAAUGGAGUUAAUAUCAUCAAUUUGGCCAAGAGACAGAAACCUCAGAUCUACAUCAUGGGAAAUGUGUCAUUUUCUUGUUCACAACCACAAAUGGUUCCAGUCACUUUUUUGGGCUCUGGCAGCUACCUAGCACUACCUGGCUCCUCUGGGCAGGAUGAGUUAUCUGUGAGUUUUCAAUUUCGCACUUGGAACAAAAUGGGACUUUUGCUGUCCAGUAACUUUCAUCAGCAUUCAUCAGGAAGUCUCCUCCUCUAUCUUCAUGAUGGAAAAAUUAGACUGAAUCUCUUCAAACUAGGAAAACAACAGAGUGACAUAACAGCAGGAGUUGAAUUAAAUAAUGGACAAUGGCAUUCCAUUUCCUUAUCUGCUAAAAGAAAUCACCUGAGUAUAAUGAUAGAUAAUGAUGUGACUUCAGUUCUGCAUUUUGUGCUGCCAAUGCAGAUUUAUUCAGGAGACAUCUAUUAUUUUGGAGGUUGUCCUAAUAUCAGCUCUGACUACGAAUGUAAAAAUUCUUUUGAUGGUUUUCAGGGAUGUAUGAGACAGAUUUCCAUUAGCAACAAAGUUGUUGAUCUGAUUAUGGUACAACAGAGCAUCUUUGGGAAUUUCAGUGACCUUCAAAUAGACUUAUGUGGCCUUAUAGACAGGUGUUUACCUAACUAUUGUGAACAUGGUGGUGAAUGCUCACAAUCAUGGAACAGUUUCUAUUGCAACUGUACAAAUACUGGUUACAUGGGAGCUACUUGUCAUUACUCCAUCUACGAGCAGUCCUGUGAAGCCUAUAAACACAGAGGGAACACUUCUGGUUUUUACUAUAUUGAUUCAGAUGGAAGUGGGCCCCUGGGACCUUUUCUUGUAUACUGCAAUAUGACAGAUACUGCAUGGACCAUCGUACAGCACAACAGCUCAGAUUUCUCAAGAGUAAAAAGUUCCAAUCGAGAAAACCCUCACAACUGUGUUUUUCAAUAUAUUACUGCCAAUAAAGAACAGCUCCAGGCUACAAUUAACCAUGCAGAACACUGUGAACAGGAGCUUGCUUACACUGCAAAAAUGUCCCCCCGGCUUUUAAUUAACGAUGGAAUACCAUUAAGCUGGUGGGUUGGAAGAAGAACCAAUGAAACACAGACUAUGGGGAGGUUCCUUGCUGAUGUUCAAAAGUGCACUUGUGGAUUAGAGGGGAACUGCAUUGAUUCUCAAUAUUACUGCAACUGUGAUGCCGACCGGAAUGAAUGGGCUAAUGAUACUGGAUUCCUUUCCUAUAAAGAACAUCUGCCAGUAACUCAGAUAGUAAUUACAGAUACAGACCGACCAAACUCUGAAGCAGCUUAUAAAUUGGGGCCCUUGCUUUGCAGAGGUGAUAGAUCAUUUUGGAAUUCAGCUUCCUUCAAUACUGAGACAUCAUACCUUCAUUUCCCUACCUUACAUGGAGAACUUAGCGCAGAUGUGUCUUUUUUUUUUAAGACUACAGCUUCAUCAGGUGUAUUCUUAGAGAACCUGGGAAUUAAAGACUUUAUAAGGAUAGAGCUACACUCUCCAGCUGAAGUGAUAUUUUCAUUUGAUGUGGGGAAUGGACCAUUUGAAGUUAUGGUGCAAUCACCCACUCACCUAAAUGACAAUCAGUGGCACUAUGUAAGGGCUGAAAGAAAUAUUAAAGAGGCAUCACUUCAAGUGGAUCAGCUCCCACAAAAAUCACAGCCUGCCCCAGUGGAUGGACAUAUCCUUUUACAGCUCAACAGUCAGCUAUUUGUUGGUGGUACAGCCUCCAGGCAGAAAGGAUUUUUGGGAUGCAUUCGAUCUUUACAGUUGAAUGGUAUAGCCCCUGGAUUGGAAGAGAGGGCCCGAUCACCCCGGGUAGACCCAGGGUGUCCAGGACACUGUAGCAGCUAUGGGAACUUAUGCCACAAUGGAGGAAAAUGUAAAGAAAAACACAGUGGAUUCUCUUGUGACUGUAGCUUCUCUGCAUACAGUGGGCCAUUCUGUUUGAAUGAGAUUUCUGCAUAUUUUGGAUCUGGCUCCUCUGUGACUUACAAUUUUCAAGAAUAUUACACCUUAAAUAAAAAUUCCAGCUCUCAUGCUGCUUCAUUUCAUGGUGAUAUGACACUAAUCAGAGAAACGAUCACAUUUAGCUUUCGAACAACACGGACUCCAAGCUUGCUGCUUUAUGUAGGUUCCUUCUAUAAGGAAUACCUUUCAGUUAUUCUUGCCAAAAAUGGAAGUUUGCAGAUCAGGUACAAAUUAGAUAACCAUCAAGAUCCAGAUGUUUAUAACAGCAAUUUCAAAAACAUGGCUGAUGGACAGCUUCACCAUGUGAAGAUUAAUAGAGAAGAAGGUGUACUCUUUGUAGAGGUUAACCAGAAUGCAAGAGAGCAAAUCAGCCUGUCCUCUGGUGUAGAAUUCAAUGCAAUCAAAUCCCUUGUUCUUGGCAAGAUUUUAGAAAAUAUUGAUGUCGACCAAGAGACAAUGAAAGCCAACUCUCAGGGGUUCACUGGAUGUCUCUCUUCUGUGCAGUUUAACCACAUUGCUCCUUUGAAAGCUGCUUUACAACACCCGAGUUCAGCCCCCGUCACUGUUAAAGGACAUGUGGCUGAAUCCAACUGUGGUACUUUAACUGGAGCUGAGUCAACAUUGAGUGAAACAACACAUUCAUUUGCAGAUCAUUCUGGACCAAUAGAUGAGGGAGAACCCUUAGCUAAUGCAAUCAGAAGUGACUCUGCAAUAAUUGGAGGUGUGAUAGCAGUUGUAAUAUUUAUCUUGCUUUGCAUCACUGCCAUUGCAGUAAGGAUUUAUCAACAGAAAAGCUUGUACAAAAAAAAUGAGACAAAGAGGGCAGAAAAUGAAGACUGUGCCGAGACAGCCCUGAAAAGUGAACUCACUGUGCAAAGUAGAGUUAAUGAAAAUCAGAAAGAAUAUUUCUUUUGAUUGGAAGUUAUGAUUUAAUUUAAUACUAUGAUAGUUUGACUUUCUUGCUAAGCCAGGGGCUCUCAAUGGACAAAAAAGAAAAAAUAAUAAUAAAAUAAGCUCUUGCACUCAAAGUAAAUGCAAUGGAUUUGCAGAACUCAUACUGCAUAUGUUUCAGUCUCAGUGAUUGCUCUAGGAGGCCUCUUUCAAUGACAUAUAUUCCUUAGCUAUCAUAAAUGCAUUUUAUGUAACAGUGAAUUAGAUAUUGUAACCAAUUUCAUUGUUGGUAGUUUCUGACCGUUCUGAUGUGCUCCUCUACACCUGAAGUUUAACAUGUAUAAUGCUUAUGGAUUUUAAAUGGGAGAAUUGUUAUGAACCUGUUGCCCUACUCUUCUUUUAAAAUGAAAUUCAGGAAUUUUGUUCAAGGACAAAAUUCAAAAUGGAACAAUAAUGCUUUGCUUUAAUUAAUCUUUUUGGCUGUGCUUCCUGUAGUUAUCCCUUAUAUAAAAUAGAAUGGGAAAAGGUAAUUGAAUAAUGUGAGCACCUAGUUACGAAUGAUAUCCAGGUAACUCAAAAUAAAUAACCCUGUUGGUUCUCCUAUUAAGAUGGUCAAUAUUAUGUAUUAUUAGACUGAGAAUGAAACUGUUUUAGAAUAUAGGGUUUUGUUUAUUUGUUUUACUCAGUUGGGGUAAAACCAAUGUUGGAUAUAAAGCAAGAGGAGGCAAAAUGUGCAGAAAUGGAUUCUCAUUAUAUGGUGGUGUUUUUCUUUUUAGUAAUUUGCUAUCUCAGUUUAGGGAUGUGAGCCUGUAAUUACUGCCUCAUAUUAAACACAUGUAGAAUAUGAUUUUUACCCUACAUUGAUUGCCUGAUUCAUAAACUCCUUAGUUCUCUGCAAACUCAUUCUCUAUCUUCACCUAUACUUACAGAAAACACAACCACAAAUAUUUGCUUCAACCAUACAAAAUGGUUAUGUUGACUGACUUUUCCUAAAGUCUAUUAUAUUCCUUCCAUCAUCUUAGCCUGCAAUUGAAUUCUACAAGCAGCCUUGUCAUAUACUGAGAAAAGAAGUUCUGUCUUAUUAAUGUAGAUCUCCACUUCCCUUUCUAAAUGUUGAUUUGUUUCUAGUCAUACAUCUCCUAUCUAUCAGAUAUUCUCUUAUUCUUUUGUUCACAAUAUUUCAUUGUUUUGACAUCUCUUGGAACAGAGAUAAAAUGAAAGUUAAUAUUAUUUCUAAAAAAUUUAGUGUAAGAGAGAAAGCACAUUAUACUAUCUUCAUUAAAUUUACUUAUCUAGCCCAUCUUUAUGAUACAACUGCAAAGCUACCCAACUCUUCUGAAAGACAACAUGAAUUAUUACAGAAUACAUUUUCAUUGUGAUGUGUAAAACAUGUGAAAGGAAAUUUUUAGGUGUGUUGUUAUGGGAUAGUUCCAUAAUAAUCAGGCAAAGAUGAUUAGAAAGUUGCAUGCUCCUAUCAUUUGGAUCUAAAAGCCACUUAAGAAUAGGUGCUAUACUAUCCUACUUUCUUACCUUGUGCCUGCCAAAUAGAAUCUUUAGUCUCUUCACACCGGGACAAGUUGGGAAUGUAUAUUUACAUCCCAGUUACCUCUUAAAAACAAACAGAAACAAACAAAAAACUACAGUUCUGUUUUUUCCCUAAGAGAAUAAAAACAAAACUUUUUCACUGAGAUUAUUUUUUUUUUCUGAAGGGAGCUCCUGGCAUUAUAUUAGCAUUGAUGUUGCUUUGAAAGUAUGUAAAAAACAAAACCACACCAAAACCCCAACAACUAAGGAUUCUAAUUAAUGCAGUCAUUUAUAAUGGAAGAAAAAAAGGAAUGUCAUUAUGAAUGAUAGAUUUAGUUUCCCCCAAAGAAUUGUGAUGAUUAGGAAAGGAUUCUACAUAGUAAAAAUGGGUUUUGCCAAUGAGAUGCUGUCUAUAGAUUUUAUGAUAUCACCAUAUCAUUAGCAGGGAGCAAGUGUUCAUUUUAUCCCAUAGGAAAAUUAACUGGAUUUGUAGUUGAAGUUUAAAUAGGUUCAUAGUUGAAGCAGCAUAGACCAUUGUUGACUGCAUUCCUAGAGGGACAACAAAAUGGUGGCACCAAAGUGCAUUGAAACAUAACAUACCAUCCAGUUGUCCCUUCACUGGCCUUCCUUUCCUAAUUUGUAACCUUUCUCCUCUUGUCUGUUAAUAAAAAAAAAAGGAAAAAAAAGCAUUUUUGAAAUAAAAUAAGGUAAUAUUUUUAAAAGUUGUAUAAAUGUUUUAAAUUGGGGAAAUAUAUACUAAUUUUUUUCUAAAAGAGUAAAAACUUGUAGAUGUGUGCUUUCUGUAUUGGUGAGUGUAUUUCUUUAUAAGCUUUGAUAUAUUUUGGGCUGUUACAGUUGGUUAAUGCUGGUUAUCAUGGUAAGUACUUUUUAAUCAAAUAAAAAUGCAAGAAAACUACAUUUUUUUACUUAUGGCUAUGUAUGAAGAAAAGCUAUGAAUUGUAGUGAUUUAUGUAUUCUCCAAUUAGACUUUUUUUAGGAAAACAUUUUACUCAAUCAACCAACAAGUAUCGAUUGAUUCACAAAUAUGCUCUGCUCUGAAACUAGACUCUAGUUUAUAUUUUUAUCUUCACAUAGUUUACUGGAGUACAUUUCAAAAAUGAAGAACUUAAUUGCAAACCAUCUCAUCAAUUUUGAAUGAUAAAGCAGAAAUGAAAGAGCUUACGUAUUUUUGAUGUUAGAGUUUAGGAAGGAAGGAAGGAAGAGGGGGGCAGAUGGAAAAAGAGAGAAGGAAAGAAAAAAGGAAAGAAAGGAGCAAGGAGGAAAGAAAGAAAGAAUUAAUGAAAGAAAAAAAAGAGGAAGUUGUAAUUUUAAAUUUUAUUCUUCCCUAAAUUUAAUAAACGCAAACUGAUUAUAUGGUUAGAAUGGCUAACGUAUGGUCGCCUCAGAUUUCACUAAGUGUGAGAAAAGUAAUUUCAUCUUGUUUUUAGCAAAAGACAUUUUCAUGAAAUCCUCAAAAUAUUACCUGUAAAAUUGUUCUACCUACAAGUUCUCCAAAUAAAUUAUUGAAAAAAUUAAGUGAUUUGAACUGUUAAGAAUAAAGAAGUUUAACCACCAAUAUUUAUUUGACUAAUAAACAAAAUGGCUCUUCCUUAUAGAGACUAUGGAACUUGUCAUAUCCCUUCCAAACCUACAUUCUAAACUGUAUUUAGUAAAGGAAAAAACAGGAAACAACAGAAAUGUAGGAAGGAAAAAAGGGGGAAAUAACAUACAUUUAGGAAUUUUAGUUGCUUUAUCAAUAAAGUGAAGAGUACUCUUCUAGCGUUUCCUCAGAUUCUUUAUUAUUAUAUAGCAAUGUUUCUGUGAAGGAUUAUAAAUAUGUUUGACAUGUUUUCCACACAUAAAUCCCUUUAGCUAAAUUUCUGAUCAUUCCAAACAAAAUGGACCAGUGGACAUUUUCUCUCACCUUUCCAAAAUUAAAGAUAGAAGCUAUUUGGA